AUGGCGGCAUCCACUGCCAUCAAUGGAGACGGCAUGGAUGUCGAUCAACCGAUCGCGUCCACUUCGGGUGUCACCAUCGAGGAUCUGCUCUCCUCACGCUCCAACGGAUACUCUGCCAACGACGCCGCCUUGUCCGCUCAGAUCGAUGCACGCAAAGUGGCUCGCAAUCUUGCCAUCCCCACCUCAGAUCCAAAAGUGAGGCUACGUCUGCGCCAGCUCGGCGAACCGGUGACAUGUUUUGGAGAGCGCGAAAUGGAUCGUCGCGAGCGUCUUCGCCAAGUCCUUGCCCGACAAUUGCAACAGCAGCCGGACACGCUCACUCCUGGAGCAUCAGAGCCGCAAUCGCACGCCUCGCAACCGAGCGACGGAGACAGCGAUGACGACGAGGAUGAAGAGUUCUACACCGAGGGAUCACCUGCGCUCCUCGAAGCACGCCGCAAAGUCGCCUGCUUUUCCUUGCAGCGCUCCAAACGUAGGCUUGCACGUCAACGCAGAGACGCCACCAUUCCGCUCACCUCAAUCGUCAAAGAGCGCAGCAAAAUGUACGAGCCCAUCAAAAGUUACACCAAUCUUGGCUCUCAGAUUGGGGACGAUCGUCCUGUAUCCAUGACCCGUUUCGCUCCCAACUCGCAACUUCUCGCAACAGCAAGCUGGUCCGGCAGCAUCAAAUUAUGGCAGGUCCCCAGUGCCAACCACAAGCUCACCUUUCGUGGGCACACCGACAAAGUAGGUGGGCUAGCAUGGCAUCCGCGCGCCACCUUGACCCAAGAUGCUUCCGCCGUCAACCUCGUCUCAGGUGCCGGUGACGCUUCCGUUUGCCUCUGGAGUCUCGAAAGCGAUCGACCUCUUGCCACUCUACAAGGACAUGAAGCUCGUGUCGCAAGGACCGCUUUCCACCCUUCCGGAGACUAUGUGGCCAGUGCCUCCUUCGAUGGCACAUGGCGACUCUGGGACGUCUCCACCUCAGACUGUCUCACUGUCCAGGAAGGCCACAGCAAGGAAGUCUACUCGGUCGAAUUCCAAGACGAUGGCGCGCUCGUUGCCAGCGGUGGUUUGGACGCCAUUGGAAGGGUGUGGGACAUGCGCACGGGCAGGACAGCCAUGGUGCUCGACGGGCACGCCAAAGAGAUUCUCUCCAUCGACUUUGCACCCAACGGAUAUCAGCUCGCCACGGCUAGCGGAGACGACACCGUCCGCAUUUGGGACAUGCGCGCGCUCAAAUCCAUCUACACCAUUCCAGCACACAAGUCAUCCGUCUCGGACGUUCGCUUCUUCCGCUCUAUAUCGCAUCGCACGUCACCCUAUUCCCUCGAAGGCAGCGCAGAAGACGAGAUCGGUCGCAACGGCCUCUACCUUGCCACAUCCGGUUACGAUGGCAUGGUCCGCAUCUGGUCAGCAGACGACUGGCAGCUCCUUCGGACCCUUAGCGGCGACGGUGGCAGAGUCAUGAGCGUCGACAUCAGCUCGGACGGCGAGAUGCUCGUCAGCGGCGAAUGGGGACGCACCUUCAAGCUUUGGGGUCCAUUGUAG